GGGUAGUUUGCCUGCCAAACUACAUAAUAUUAUGAGUUAUUUUGGCCAUUUCGAUUUUCUUCUUCGUAGCUCUGAAGGUUGAUUCUUCUGGGGAAAAGCAGCAGUGUCCGAAAGCAUCUCCCCAGCGCCGUACUUCUGAGUUUUUCGAAUUGAUUUCAGAACAAUUAUUUUUUCCCCACUUGGUUCGAUCUUUGAGGUCGCCACUGAAAUUUUGACAACUUAGUCGUUGAACCCACAUUCAUUGAUGUUGGAAGAAAGGGGUUGCUCAAACUCGAUAGCCGGGCAAUGCAGUAGUGGCAAAUUCAAUUCUUCAGACUGAGAAGAUCGAGUUGUAAUAAUGCGACAGCGGCUUUGACUCACUGUCAUCGCGGGUAAGCUGUUGUUCCAGUCGCUACCAUUAUGGACCAUACGAUUCAGCGAUCGCUGCAGGAGCUGAAUGGCGUGUCGCUGGACGUAUUCAAAGGCCAAAUCGCCAGCCUGUUGGCGCGACUGCUGGAGAAGAGGUCUGAAGACUUGACAAGCGUGCCAGUGGAUGGAUUUGUCAGCAUAGCAGAAGCAGCGUUUGCUAAAGGAGAGCUUGCCUUGGCCCAGCAGAGCCUGGGGGAGUACUUCAAGGCACGUCCACCCACCAGUGAGCUGCAUCUCUCCAGUCUGAUGCUGCUCUGCCAAACACUCCAGCCAAAGACUGCUAACGAUGUGAAAAUACUAGAGGAGCUGGUCGCAACAAUUAUAUCAUCCAUUGAAAUGGCUGCUUCUCUGGACAAGCAGCAUCCGAAGAUUGCUACUGCGACCAACCUCUUUUGCACAGCUACGUACCCGUUUCAAGUGAGCAGUCACCAGGAAACGCUUGUGGAAGGUGCGACUAAGAUCUUGGGCAUGCUGGAGAUGGGAGAGUGGAGACGCAAGGAGUUGCUGCCACUGUACAGGGCCUACAUCGCUAUAGGCUUCAUACUGCUAUCUGCUCACUGUACGGGAAGUCGAAAGAAUGCCUCGGCCAGCUUGGCCAAGAAGCUGUUUCAAGCGGCCAAGUCAGCCAAGCAGUCGGACGACAUGGCCCGGCUGGUGUUUAUUGCGGUUCAGCACAGCAUAGUGAGCACAAACUCUGUGAUCAAGUUAUGCGGCAAGUCCAUGUACUUACAUCUCCACGCUGAGCUUGCAAAGACCAUCAGGUACGACACAGAGCACCAUGAGCCUUCUGAGUCAUUGGCGAUGGCCUUGAAGGUGUUGAGCAGUUCUGCUCCGCACAUGGUAGAGACGGAUCUCUUCAGUGAGGCAAGACGCCACUUGCGCAUGGAAUCCUCUGAACGGUUUGAAGCCCUUUCUGACGAACAGCGGCACCGGCUUGCGGUUCGAUUCUCGGAGACUGCAGUCGCUCAGGGAUUGCACGAGCAAGCGUUACGCUGUGUUGACAGUCUUGGAGACAGGAAUGAUAUGACCCCAGAUGUCUAUGCCAAGGCUGAAGUACUGCGUAUCAAAUCUUCCCAGGCCAAGUGCUUUCAAGAUGGUGACGUUCAGGGACACGUCAAUCUAGUCAAGUCAGCAGCCAACCUGAUAGCCACUGGACAGGUGAAAUCUGUGGAGUUCCUAGAGGUGGUUUCUCAGCUCUUGUGGACGAGUGCAGUGAUAGCUGUCAAGGCUGGCGAACGCACACGACUGCGGCUUCAACUGGCAGUGACUGCCAAUGCCCUGGACAAGGCAAAUAGCAACAAGGUUGUGUUGCGGUGCAACCUUCACCAAGAAGCAGCGCUCGGUGCUGAAGACUUUGACUUGGAGAGUGCUGCUUUGCAUUGGCAGAAGGCAUCCCAGCUGGACCUGACGGGCUACAAUAAGCCGAGAAUCGACUACAAUGCCAGGCGGAUCAAACUGCUGCAAGAGCGGUACAAGGAGCACCCGGAUCCCAUGGACAGGAUAAGAAUCAACAUUGAAAAAGUGAUAAACCCGAAGAAGGCCAACAUGGAGCCAGACGAAACGGUGGAGGAAUGCCUUAACACAGCCGUUUCCUUGCUAUCCGGCGACGAGAAGGUCAUUGUGCAGUGGCUGGAGCUGGCCGCAGGGCGCGCUAGUCCAACGAAAUCAGACAUUGCGGGCUCCUCAACUGGCUUGAAAGCCCUGCGAUCUGUAUCGACUGCAAUGAUAGGAGGAAAGGCUCGGCUAAGUCAGGUGCACUGUGACGCAGUGAAGCAACACCUACACCUGUGCACUGUACAUGCUAACCGCCAUCAGCGGUGCCUGGAGGCAACUGAAAAAGCUGUGCUGACGGCCAAGGAUGCCGACAUCAGGCUCGAGGAUAUCAUCGAAAGAGCAAGACUGUGGCUCCAUUUGCUAACUGCUGCUUCCGGCAGUGGAAACGCUGUGUUGUCUCGCGUCGUCGGGCGCUUCGCGGAUCGCUGUGCGGAUUCGGACUUUUUGGCAGCCGCUGGAAUAACGGAUCGUUCCACAACAGCCUCUGGUUCCCACUCAGGUGCUUCAAGAAUUGCAAAGGACAUGCAAGUUCCGUCAUGUUUCAAACACAUGCUGCAGGAGGUCACUUACAAGCUCCUGGAUCACGCAGAGGCUCUUAUUCAAGAACUGGCACAAGACGGCAUCGGCCUGUUUGAGAUACCUGCCCAGCCCCUUGCCGUCAGAACUCUGAUUGCGGACGACGUCGACCAAGCUAUUCAGGCUGAGAAGGCUGCUCUACGACAGGAGGCACGAACGAAGCGAGAGAAGCUUAUCGAAGACAAGAGAAUUGAGUACGAGGCAGCUUUAGAUGCGUGGGAGAAACUCGAAGAAGCAGAUGAAGCCACAGAGAGUCACAAAGAGUUCAUCAGCAAGAAGACAUUGGCAACUCCGCCAGCAGUAAAGGAGUGCACCCUGCCUCCGAAGCCCGAGCCAUUUGAGCCACCACCGGAGGUCGUUGACUUUCCGGUCUCGCAGGAACGCCAGCAGUCCAUGCUGGAGAACUCAGAGUACAACAAGAACUGGAACGUGUUCCUGGGCCAUGUACAGAGGGUGAACGACGAACUCCAUCAGAUAUUUAUGAAGUGUCUGAACAUUUCCCUCUGCUUGGAGGAUCACGACAUGCUAAACACGUGCAUCCGGCGCAUGCUUCAACAGCUGGUGAAGCAUCGCAACAUUCAGUACAACAAUGGUCUGGUCCUGGACCUGGAGUUUUGGAAACUCAAGGACAGCUUCCCCUCGCUUAUCUCCAUUGGAAAGUAUGUGACGACCGUGCUGGAGACGCUGCUCGCUGCCAGAGCCAACAGUGCGAUUAGUGGAGAGAGCACUGCACGUCUCUGUGAGCUCUCCCUGCUGGCAACACUGGUACAGUGUAUGCCUAUGGUGCCAGCACCACCUCUGCCACCGGAAGAGGACAAGAAAGGAAAGGACAAGAAGAAAGCUAAGAAGCCGUCGGUUGUCAAGCCCGGAUCCCCGACAAACAUCCGCCGCUACUUGGUGACAAGCCCUAGCCACGAUGUAUUCCUGAGGAAACAAAUUGAUCUCUGCAACUCCGUAUUGAGCUCUAAGCUGCUACAGUGCGACGUUAGUCCUCGGACUCAGAAUCAGAUUAUGGAGUACCGUUGCUGUGUAAGCCAGCUUCUCUUGCAGCUUGGUAGCAAAGACUCAACAGAGGUACCGGCAAUGAGCAAGGCGUUCAACAUGGCGCUGUGCCAGGUUGUCAAUGGCCUGUCAAUGCUGCACAUGAAUCUACUGCCCUUGGAGAAGAAGUUCGGUGGUAUUGAUGACCUGAACAAGAUAGCAGAACAACUAUCAGCAGUGGAGGGGUCAGUUAAUGAUGCUGAGCUGCUGUUUCGACUGCGCUACAAAGUCAUGGAGGUGGCGUUUGAGGACCCCAAGCUGCACAAGUUGAUUGACGAACAGCUGAAGUUAGCUUAUCGUGUUCAACACUCUCAGCCACAAAGCACCCUGUCCCAACAGCAGGUUGAGGCCAGUGAGAAUAUUGCACACCUGCUAAGUCGAAUGCACUUGCUCUGUGGCAAGUAUCACCUGGUUGAGAAGUCCAAGCUGAUAGGCAGCCCCGAUCAGAGCGCCAAGACGCGAUUGGAGUGCUUACACGUCGUUGCCAAGCAGUUUCAGGAAGCAGCAAUGAAUGCAGAUCGUGUUGGGGACUAUAGAACACUAAUGGCCGUUGCUCAGGCAUUCUUCUGUGGUCCGGCUGGCGAGUUGCUAAGUAGCGAGGCGUUCCACAAGCGGGCGGCUGCUGCGACAGCUUCCCAGGCCAAACGGGAUACUUCAACGGAUUCCGGCGAUUUGGCAGGCACUUACCUGGAGGUGCUUGACAUUGUGCAUCUCAUGUCGGUGUGGAUCUCCAAGCAUGCAGCGCGCUGGGAGCGUGAAGAGAAAGCUAACGGCGGCCCGGGUAGGUUUGGUGGGUCAACGGGUAUCGCACAGCUGUCUGCCCAGUCAAAUCAGUCUGCUACGGCCGCUGCUGGUAACACUGCUGAUGCUCAAGCAAGUGUGCCUGCCGCAGCACCCAUGAGCAUCAAGGAUAGCCACUUCAUGUUGAGAGCUGGCUUGUUGGAGGUGGAACUGAAGUGGCUGCUGCACCGGAGGCAGCACGCAGAAGGCUUGAAGCUAUCGGAGAGAGCGCUGCGGCAGAUACCCCGUGAAUUUCAAAGAUCAUUCGAUGUGUAUCACUUGAGAUUCAGGAUGAUGACCACCGACUUUGACGACACAGAGAUUGAAAAGCUGGAGAACCCCAGAGAUCGCUAUCGACUAUGGCAAGAAGUCACGCAGGCCGCGACCGACAGGAUCCGCAUCCAGAACGCCUUUGAACAGAUGCUCAAGAUCAUACAAAAUGGAGAGGAUCGUAUGGAAUAUAUCUACCUACUCCUGGACUACUCGCGGUGGAUGUUUGAGAAUGACUAUCAAGUGACAGACAUCGAACCAUUGCUGGAUGAAGUGAAGGCCAGUGUGCUAGCCCUACCACCGGUGGAGGAGCCGUUUCAACUUCCCAGUCCGUGCGACAAUGCUAUCCAGGAGGAAGCUGAAGUGCCGGACAAGAAAUCAAGAAAGUCGCCCGGACCUGGAAGCAGAGCCAAGAGCAGCAGGUCUAGGGCUAGUGCAACUCCGCAGGCCAGCAAGGCGGAGGAUUUCAAGAUCCAAACAGACAACAACAAGCUACCGGCAACCGAGCGGGUAGUCUGCCUGGCCGAAGCGCACGCGCUUUCUGCCAAGAUCUACCUCAACUGCGAGCCAACCAACAGCGGCCAUGAACACGUGCGCAAGGACACAUUGGCUGCGGCAAAGCUCUACUGCCAUAUCUGGAGCUUGGCAACCGACCAGGCCGCGCUGCAAAUUGCUUUCUGCAAGUUUCUGGAGGACGCCGGACCAGCGGCGUCGGACGCGAAGGCGAAAGCCAAGGCAAAGCCUAAGAAGAAAUCUCCCUCACCGGCAGUAGGCGCCGCCGUUGAUGAGCCUCUCAGCUUUCCUUUGCCAGCUACUCCGGCCAAUUGGUGCACGUAUAAUCUACCAGACAAGGCGCACGAGAUCGUUGGGCCUGGGUCAGCCCUUCCAGGUGCCAUCAACACCAAGACCAUCAAGAAUGUGCCACGCACCCUGGAGUGUCUCCGAUCAGUCGAGGACUGCCUGUCACGCAUUGGACUUCUUCCCCUGAUCUGUCCACUGCUUGCCUUGGAGAAGUACAUCAAUUCCUGGUACAGAGACUCCGACUACUCGACGUUCAUACAGCUCAGGACGUUGGAUGUUGCCUGCAAGUUGGAGUUGAACACUGUGAUUCCUACUCUAACUGAAGGCAAUGAAUUCCCUACCAAUGUUCAAGUACAUGAGUUCACGCAUCUAAAGCUACGGACACACCUGGGCAAGAUUCGUGAACAAGAGGUGGAGCCGUCAUCUCCUCCCUCGACUGCCUACAGAUCCUGGGCAGAAUGGGCUAUGAUUCUCUGCCGUAUGGGGUGUCUGCACAAGGCACUGGACAUUGCCUUGAUUGUGGAGCCGAUAGCACGGGAGAUCGGUGACAAGGCAACACUUACUGUUGUCAACCUCGUGCUGGCUCAAGUCUACCUUCGCCUGAGGCAGUUUGACAAGGCACUGGAGAUAGCCAAAGGAGCACUAAAGAUCACUCCGCUCGAGUCACCGCAUAUCUGCGAUCUAGCGACCGUCCUCGUAGAAGCUAUCUGCUCACUGCCUGGUGACCUUCAGGUCAAGGAGAAGACCUGCCUGAACACGCUCGCAAAGCUGAAGCAGCUUUUCCAGAAGCUUCAGAGCACCGCAUGCCGGUAUAAGUUCAACCACAUGUGGAACCUUGCCGUUAUGCGUCUCAGGAUUGUACAGACACGAUUGUCGGGCAUUGGCCAGCAAGUAACAGCCACUGAGCUGGAUUUUCAGGAGCUGGCAGACUUGCAUGAGAUCUUCUUGAGCGUAGGCGGUGUUGAGGAGGCAGCUGAAUGCUGUGAAUUGGCUCUGAAGUCCUGGAUGUCAAAGACCUGUAUCAACAAUGAAAUUCGCUGGGAUUUUGUACUGAAGGCAUAUUGUUGUGGACAACGGGCAGUAUCCCUGCUUUGGGCGCACCGCACCGGCGUUGUCGACGAAGUGAAGUUUCUUCCUUACCUGUGCGGCGAAGGCAGUUACUACACCUUGCCGUGCGAGCGCGGAUAUGCCAAGGCCAUCCUGUCUCUCCGGCAGCCACUGACACCCGUAGUAGAUGACUAUGUGUCAAAGCGACGGCAUGACAGCGACUGGUGGACGUCACUAACAGACAUGGAGAAGCGUGUGGAGACAUACUGCUUGGACCCGGAGAAAGAUGCUGCCAAGGCCAGCAGGGACAGUCCUGAUGUUGCUCGAUUCAAGAACUUUCAGCAAACUUGUAUCCAGCGGUGUCUGGCGGCCAUACAAGACACUCUAAACCGUGUUCCUGACUCUAGUCCCUUGUUCGCCAAGGUGAUGGAAUGGAAAGGUAGCUUCCUUCUGAUGCUGUGCGACGGUGGCUUUCCUCCCUCACUGAACAUUCUCCACGAGCAAUUCCAAGCUGAGUUUGCACGGCGCAAGAAGGUCAAAAACGCUGAUGAAGGCGCUGAAUUUGAGCCCGAUGAUGAGCAAUUUGACGACCUGGACAAUCCUUUUGGUGCGCAAGAACCUCAACGCGCCAGUGACUUGCCGGAGAAAUCAAUCGGAUUCUCAAGCACUGGAACCGACAUUGACCCUAAUGUGGAAGACCAUAUCGCCGAUGAUAUUGAUUUCUAUUUUGACGACGAAGACAAUGUGUUUGAAAGCAAUGCCAGGGUUGCGGGUCAGGCUAAUGGUGAUGGAGUCUUCGCACAGCCAGGGCGUUCACGCAGGGACCAGACCCCCGUGCGGCUGUAUGUAGGCGUUGAGCUAAUGUCCCAGCUCACAUCGGAUCAUGAUCGACGUGUCGAAGGCGUCAAAAACCUAUCCACUGUGGUGUCCCGAGCUCUGGAUGAUUCACACUGGACCCUGGCAGCCAGCGCCUACUGGGAUCUGUUCAAGGUGUUCUCCGAAGAGCCCUUCAUUGCUGUCCACUACCUUGCAGCGUAUCAGUCUUGCUCAUCCCUCACUUGGCUGGCUCAACUCCUGGAGACGGCGAGCCGCAGCUACACCAGAACGGACCUCAGUUACAUGGCAGCUUCGCUGUGGCAGCGCCGGCUGGUACAGGACUGUCGUGCUGUCAGCGGCCAUGUAGUGCCCGAUGCGGUCAGGGUGUCCGAGGUGUACCGACCGCUCAGCCGCAUCAACGAGGAGUUCCUUGCCACGCAACAGGUUUCGUCUGGUUUGAGCAUCUCGAAGAACCCCCUCUGGCAGAUCAUGGACUUCCCACCCAACUUCACUUUUAUCAUUCUGCAGCACAGCCCAGACAAGUCAACACUUCACUCUGCUGUUGUGCAUGGGGGCAUGACCAUCAAGGACGGUGCAAAGGAAGACGAUUCAGAAGCAAAGCGGCCCGGAAAGAAAUCGAAGGAAGACAAGCCUACGUUCCCCGAAAUUGCGUUGUGUAAAGCGGAUGUGCAAAGUGGCGCCCUCUCUCGACUCGAGACAAAGUGGAGCGGUUUCUUUGAUCUUCUUGCCAUCAAGCAACUGAAGAAUGAGCAGUCAGUGCCAAGUGCUGACGUCUCCUCUGGGGCAGACCUGCUCAUUGACGACGCUACCAAGGCAGAGUUCUCCGAAAUCGUACACAUGCUACAGGACUAUGUUGGCCCGUGCUUUGAGCAAAUGGAGGAGGCUCUCAAAUGUCUCCACCACCCUGAGCCUGAUCAGGACGAGGAAACAGCAAGGAAUGCCACACCCGGACGAGAUGCGGGUAAGAAGAAGGAUAAAUCACCCGAAAAACCUGCACAGAAGAAACCUGGCAAAGGUGGCAAGGAAGACGACAGCCAAGCAGAACCUGAGAGUCGCUAUGUUGUCCUGCUGGUUGAUGAAGACCUUAUGUCAUUUCCUCUCGAAGCAAUGCCCUGGCUGCAGGCUAACGGCGUCGAGGGCAUCUCGCGGGAUUUCUCAUCGAACAGUCUCCAUCAGCGUAUGCUGCAUGUUUGCCCACCACCCACUCCAUCAGCCGAAGGCACGACGUCGCAAGCUAAGAAAGGAAAGACCACCACGACGGUGGUGGAUCCUGAUGAACAACGACCCAAUUAUGAGAGCACGGAUAACCCGGUGAUCAACUGUGCAAACUUCCAUUGUGUGAUUGACCCAGCGGGCAACCUCCCAUCUAAAACACUUCAGACACAUGUCACUGCUGACAAACUUGCCAAAGUUGUGUCCGACUGUGGCUCGGUAGCUUCCAAGUGGGUCAGCCAUAUGCCACCUCCACUGCACGAAUCGUACAACCCGUCGCUAUGGGACGAUGUAGCCAGCUCCUGCGGUGGUCUGGUGUGCUUUGACUGUGGCCCACUUGAUCAGCACUAUAGAGUGGAGCAGCUGCUUCGACACAAUCUGACAGGUUGCAAACUUGCCAUCCUGCUGGACAAAGUGGAAACUAAGCGGAGUGUCAAAUAUAUGAAACUACGUGAUAUCAAGGAGAGAAGGGCAAGCCAAUCGACUGACUACGUUGGCUUGUGGUCCUUGGCUGGCGCUGGCUCGGUGCUACAGAAUUGUCUGCCUUGUUCACCGGAGGACAAUGCCCUUGCAAUGCACAACGUCCUGCACGGUAUGUGCGUACAGAACCCUAAGUCCAUAGGGAGAGCACUCCUCGACAGCCGGGCAAAGCUGGGCAAAGAUGAUGAUGAAGUGAAGGUCAACACCGAUGAAGCCACUCAUGUUCAGAGCAUGCCCCGUCUCGCCGUGCGCUCAGAAGAGCGCAUGCCUGGCUCUCCAGCGUACACCGAGUACGCAGCUCCACGGGUAUUUACUGCAUCUUCGCAAGAUGACAGCCGGCCCGAUUCGGCAUUGUCCUCCGAUCGUGUCGCGCCCGACGGCUCUUUCCCUGUUAUUCCUGUGAAGCCGUACAACUACCUGCUCUGGGGCCUGCCGCAUCUUGCCGUGGCCGGCAAGAAUCAGAAGAGUGGUCGCAGUAAAUAGAGCAGGAUAAUGUGAUCACAAUCGGUCAUGCCCAGACGUCGCUUGAUAUCCCAGUGUUGUUUUCCAUGCAGUUAUUUGUCUCACUGUGUCAUGGCUAUUGUCACUCACUGUGAAUAUAUAUAAACUAGUGUCUACUCAAUUAAACAAUGGAUUUUCUACAGACGCUUGUGACCCCACUGACACAGAUUGCAUACAAAUUGAUGCAAUGUAUGUACUUUUUUCUCACAAUUUAUUGUUAUCCAUUUCAUCUAGGUCCUGUGUGUUAUCAAAAAAUUAAUAUCUUGUCUUAGAUUACUAAUGUUUAGUUCGAAUAGAGUUGAUCACUGUUGCUUCCUCUGUCCAUACGUUGAUGUACUGCAUUCAUCGCGGAAACUUGAUUAUCUUUCCGACUCGAUUUAUAAUAUUAUGUUUUAUACAGUAUCGCCUAGGCUACGUUCGCCACAAUUGAAUGAGUGUGUAUAUCGGGAAACCCAGAUUGAAUUAUGCUUGCUCUCCUCUUGCUUAGUA